ACAGUCGUCAGCCAAUAGAAGUCGAAUAAACAAUUCCGUAGCAUGCUAUUCGCAGUCCGCUGCGACCCAAGGACAUUAUACUAACAGUAAUGUGAUGUAGAGUAUGAAUUGUUGAUGUUUAUAAAGUGAAAUACGGAGUCAAAAAAGUGUUUUUGUUACGUUUUACACCAGUAUUACUAUGAUUUAUGCAGGUAGAAACAAAUUCGAGUCACCCGGCAUACCGCCAACAACAGAAGAAAUAGCAACAUUAGAGGACUCUACUUGGUGGAAUAAAAAGCAAUUUAGAAAAUCAAACAAGAAUAGCUCAAAUAGUAACAGCUUCGCUAUAGACACAGAUAAACAGUUCAACAAAGUUUUUGUGGAAGAUGAAGCUCUCAUCAACAAAAAACUACCAAAAGAGUUACUCUUACGAAUUUUUUCCUACUUAGAUGUUGUGUCGUUGUGUAGGUGUGCCCAAGUUUCGAAAGCCUGGAAUAUAUUAGCCUUAGAUGGUUCGAAUUGGCAAAGAAUUGAUUUGUUCGACUUUCAAAAGGAUGUAGAGGGUCCAAUUAUAGAAAACAUAUCUCGUCGUUGUGGUGGGUUUCUUCGCCAGCUGUCGCUUCGAGGCUGUCAAUCAAUCGCAGAUAGCUCAAUCAAAACAUUAGCUCAAUAUUGUAGAAAUAUUGAAGAAUUAAAUCUGAAUACAUGUAAGAAACUGACAGAUGACGCCUGCACUGCUAUAUCUCGAUGGUGUACCAAAUUACAGAAACUAAAUUUGGACAGUUGCGCAGCUAUAACAGAUAAUUCACUCAAAUCAUUGAGCGACGGUUGCUCUAAUUUAACCUAUGUCAAUAUAAGUUGGUGUAGCAAUAUAAGUGAUAAUGGAGUCGAGGCGUUGGCUAGGGGAUGUCCUCGGUUGAAGAAUUUUGUGUGUAAAGGAUGCAAGCAUAUAACUUCUCGAGCUGUUAUUUGCUUAGCGAGGUUUUGUCCUCAAUUGGAAGUAGUUAAUUUGAAAGGAUGUAAUAAUAUAAGAGACGAAGCAGUACAGUCAUUAGCAGAUAAGUGUCCACGUCUUCAUUAUUUAUGUUUAAGUGGUUGUUCAGCAUUGACGGAUACAUCGUUAAUAUCUUUGGCUGCCAAUUGUCAUCUUCUAUCAACGUUAGAAGUUGCUGGUUGUUCCUUGUUUACCGAUGCUGCCUUUCAAGCAUUAGCUAGAAAUUGCAGAUAUCUGGAGAAAAUGGACUUGGACGAAUGUGUCCUCAUAACAGAUGCCACUCUUAUUCAUUUAGCUAUGGGUUGUCCAAGAAUUGAAUAUUUGACUUUGUCUCACUGCGAAUUAAUAACUGAUGAAGGAAUUCGUCAUUUGUCCAUGUCGCCUUGUGCAGCCGAAAAUUUAACAGUUUUAGAAUUAGACAAUUGCCCUCUAAUAACAGAUGCUUCUUUGGAACAUUUAACUUCUUGCCAUAAUUUGCAACGAGUAGAAUUGUAUGAUUGUCAACUAAUAACUAGGGUUGGAAUCCGAAGACUUAGAAGUCAUUUACCAAAUAUAAAAGUUCAUGCUUACUUCGCACCUGUUACUCCUCCACCAAUACCUGGUGGUAAUCGACCGAGGUACUGUAGAUGUUGUGCAAUACUAUGAGCUUAUUGCUCGUUUGGAUUCCAAGAAGAUAAUUCGCCACAUGCUUAACACUAUCUUGAUCGAAAUUUCUAUAGUGUUGGAGAUCAAGGCUAAUGUAAGCUAUUUUUCCUACACUUUCUUUUUUGGUGAAGUAUAGAUUUGAAGCCAAAAUUGUCAACGAAUGGAGCGACUUCAAUAAUAACAAGAGCUUCGAACAAAAAUAAGAUCUUGUGGCAAAUCGCCUUAAGCGGGGUUAUAAAUUUACUGUCAGUAAACAAAAUAUCGAGAACACAAUAUAUUUACAAUGAUAUGAUACUCAUUUAUUUAAAUUUUCGUAUCUACCAUUUCAUUUUUUUCGUAUAUGAACGUCUAUUUUCAAAAAAACACGUUGCCAAAUGUCAACGUUAGGCAGAGAUGAGUACAGAAUUCCAAAAAACUCAGAAAAAAAAAACUUUUCUUAUGAAAAAUAGGAUUACAUUCUAAACAAAGUACUACUACAUUGCACUUUUUACACCUUGUCCUUAGUAUAGAGCAGCAUCCUUCACACCUGCACAUCUUUUUAUUUAUCUGGCACACACUUAUCAGAAUGUGGUCGAGUCGUAUCUGAUUUCAUCGCUAACAGAUUGAAGUUUGUAAUGCUAACAUUGAAACAAAUGGGGGCUGUACGCUUCCAAAAAACUGUUUGUCUUCAGAGCUGCAAUUUUUAUUUUUACUCUGAUAAAUAUCACAGCCAACAAGAUACCCGGAUGCAACAUUGAUGCACCACAUCUUAUAGGUUUUCCAUCGAAUUAAUUGCUUAGUUGGAUAUUUUAUCAAUGAUUCAUCAUAGUUGAGGACAAAUUUUUUAAAAAACCUUCAGCAUAUUCAAAAGUGGCCGUAAUGUAUGUUCCAAUAACUACAUUUCCGGCGAGAAUAUUAUACCCACUAAGAAGAAGAAUUCCAAUAAACCAUUUCAGUUCAUCAACUCUAAUAUUUGGAUCAGCAUAGUUUUUAAAAAGUGUCCGCUGUAUGUUGGAAAACAUUUUCAUCGAAAAAUAGUUCAAACAACUUUACAGGAGACAUAUUAUAAUAUUGGUUGUAGUCUGAUUCGAGAAAGGAUUUAAAAGGUGGUCGCCGACAAUUUAACAGCAAUUUUUUAAUAUAUGUAAUAUAUGGUUUUUCUUUAGUGUUGAUAUCGUUGUUCAAAUCUUAUUCAGUAGAACCAACUCUAUGUCCAUCUGUUUAGACCUAUUCCUAAUUGGCCAUUAGGAAGCCUAUCUAUGUUAUUAUCAUUGUAAUCUUCAUCCUCCGAAUCUUCAUCAGUAAGAGAACUAGGUUCGGGGGUCUCAAUUUAAAUCGAGUCCACUGGUAGUUCAUCAGAGUAUGCACUUUGAAGAGCUUCAAACAAAGAAAAGCUGCGAAUGAAAAAAAUGUGAAUAAUUUGCAUAUUAUAUCACAUCUAAACUUGUUGUCGUAAAGCUACAGUUCAAAAUAAACAUGUGUAGGUGUAAUCAAUAAAUUUUCUUGUAUUUGUGUUUAAUUAAAUAACACAUCACAAAAGUAUGAUUAUUUUUUUUGGUGAAAAGAGAAUUUGUACCUACUUGAACUUAAAUUCCUAUAACCUGUAGACAAAUAGCUGUUCGACCGCUAUCUUCAACUUUCCGUGAAUAGAGAACACGUUAUUCAUAGACAGGACCUGGAAACUUUCUUCAAAAACGGGCCAGUCAGAUUAAUUUUUGCGGUUGAGGUGUAGGGUACUAGAAAUAACUCAAAUGUGCAGGAAAUUCCAAAAUUUAUUUUGCAUUUAAAUUUCAAAGCCUAUAAAACAUUAAAAAGUGUAAAAUGUUUUUAGGAUGUUCAAUACUGGUCUAAGCCAAUACUAAAUAAAAAUGGUUUAUAGUUAAGCAUGUUUAUGCAAAACACUCAUUAUUUUUCUGAAAUAAUUAGAACAAAAUACAAAACAGUGUAUUUACAAAACUUCAAAACAUCCUCUUACAAAAUUUUUUUUCUUAAAUAAAACAAAUCACUUCAAUCAACAUUUUCCCUUGAAUGUCCUGAUUGUUGUGUAGUUUCUUUUUCUUUGUUUCAAAAGUACUUCUGCGAACUGUUUUCAAUGCUUUUUUUUUUCAAUACACUUUUUUUUAUGAGCAUUUCGUAAAAUUAAUCACAAGAAUAAUCGAAAUUCUUUCGGACCAUCAACAUGGUACUCACCGCUUCGAUUUGUAGACUAGAUUUUUCAGAUGACCAUUAGGUAACAUAAAUUUUUUCUAAAUCUACAUGACGAUUGAUUUUAUUAUAAAUAUUCUAGAAUUGAAUCUGAAUCUUCAAUAUUCAAUGAGAAAUUAUCAAGUAACAGUUUUUACUUAUUUUAUAAAACUUAAAUAAUGCAAAUUUUUAUAUUACUGGCAAUAAAACGGGAAUGUUUUGGUCAAAACGGGCGUAUGGUCAGCCUAGUUAUACACAUCCAAGUGAAUAUAUAUGCUGCCAUCUAUUCAAUACUUUUCUAAGCUUUUUUGAAAUUCGCGCUUUAAAAUUAUAUAUUUAUUGUGGCUUUUUGGAAACACUAGGCCUUGAUGGGUUAAGAAUGUAUGAAUGUGUUAACAUUUAACUGGCUCAAUGGUGGAUGUAAUGCUUUUGACUAUAGUCGGGAGUAGAGGAUUCGAUCCCGGGAAUACCGGAUUGCAUACAGGCGAUCCCGGGAUUACGAAUAUAAAAUAAAAAUCAUUGUCACAUAAAAAUUAUUUUUUUUAUAUUGACGAAAUAAUUAUGUUGUAAAAAACAUAAAAAUCCUAGUCAUACAGAAUGUUGAACUUUAACCUCAAUCUUAACAACUUUAAUCUUUUAAUAAACAAAAUUUUUACCACAUUUCUAUUUAGAAAACAUAAUGAAAUUGACUUCGUCUACCUACACUCUACAUUAUAGAUCAAUACGUGUCGUGGCGUGACUGUUCGUAAUCGAUAGGAGCGUGCAAGUUUCAUCUCCAAUUUUGCUUUACCAGCUUAUUGCGCAAAUAUACAGACGCAGAGUUUUAACUACAAAUCAUUUCUGUUAAUCUCAAUUAAUACGGAAUCAAUUUUCAUCUCAACUUCGUAGUUCUCCAUUCUUUUAGUUAAUGUGAUAAUCUUUUUUAUAAGCUGUUUGAUUAAACUUGGAACCAAUUAUUUGUUACUGUCAUUCCAAUUAUCACUUUUAAUAUGAGAAUUUUGUAAUUCACUCCCUUCUUUUUGCCGACGUUAGUCUUAGUGUCGAGGAUAGAGUUAGCACAAUAUAAAAAGUUACUAUGUAUACAUCAACAAAACGAUAUCUCCAAAAAUAUAUAGAACGAAAGUCUGAACUAUAUCGCGCGAGUUGAAUCUCUGGUAACGGCGUAGCUUCAUUAAGAUCUGAUCGCUUCGUUCUCCUCGAUUCCAAACGUCUCUCCUAUGUUCUGAAAGUAUGGAGCAAUGAGGUACAAGUAUAUAGUUAUAUUGAUUUUGCCUAGAAAGUGUAUCAGGUAUAUUGGAGAGAAUUAAUUUAAUUGUAUGGUAUUAGGACAUUACUUGGAAUUUCCUGGUUCAGGUAUCGGUCAGUCGGGGUUGAUUGUGCAGUACUUUUUAUAGAUGCUGGUACUGGAGAAUUCGAGGCAGUCAUUUCCAAGAAUGGACAAACACGUGAACACGUAAUUCUUGCAUUCCCCCUUGGAGUAAAACAACAUGGACAAAAUGGACUCCACCAUACAGCUAAGCACGCUUCGAAGAAAUCAAGAAAGAAGUAUCCACUUAUAUGCCGUGGUUCAAGACAUGAAAUAUCGAACGUAAAGAAGGAAAGUGUAAUGGUGAAUGUUCAUUUAACGCUUUAGAUGUCAUUCUCCCUCUGAGCCGUCCAACAGUGACACCUCUUCAACUUCCACUUCAGGAUGUCUACCAAAUUGGUGGUAUUGAAACUGAUGUUUUAAAACCAAGUAUGGUAGUAGUUUUGCCCUGGCCAACUUGACAUCUGUUGUCUCUAGCUCUACCUGGUGAUAACGUUGAUUUCAACCUGGUUUUAUAUACAGUGCAUUAUUAUGCUUUGAUGGUAUACGAAUAAGCAUUUGAAAAGUCAAUUUCUGUACUUUCAUAACACUCCAUACUUUACUAGUUGCUGUUGCGACUAUCUGACUUCAAUUAUUUUCGGUUAAGUUUUUUUGUUCGUUUUUCUUUUACUCUGUGUAACUUUUGAUCACGUAAUACAAAUCGCUCUGUGCUCUCUAUGUUCGGCGAACAACAUUAUCAAAUGCAACUAUUAACAAUAAUAUUUUGUUGUAAUCUAAGCAUUACCGAAAUAUUUUAAUUCCUUCAAUUCUUGUUCCUUUUCACCCCAUCUUACAGUACUUACAAAUAUUAGAAACUAUGUGUACUGAAAAAAUACUUUUCGUAGUUGUGUUGUCGAUAUUUGAUAUUGCUGUAGAUUUAUUAAGUGAUUUAAAGUAUGUAUAUCAUUUGUAUUUUGUCAAUUAAUUAAUUUUAAUCGUAUUUUUUUUUAAACAUAAAUAUGUUAUGAUUGUAAUUUCAGUAUAAAACAUUUAUUAUGUGAAUACAAAAAUAAAGAACAUCCACCUCAGAAUUCUUGACCUCUUUUCGAUGAGUUUAGUUUUUCUUUCCAACAAAUUUUAUAUUUCUACCCUUUUUAGGCAUAGUAGUUAGAAAAGGUACUACCUACACUGUUUACACCACCACUACACCCCUACCUGUGGUCUCUGAAGACGAUAACUUGGUUCCAGAAAUUCCAACUUGUUGGAGAAGCUAUUAUAGUCUAAGAUCCCACUGUUUGAUUUUGCGGCUGUUAGUUAUUUGUUGAAAUUAAUAUGGAAUCUAUAUGAUUAUACAAAAUGCAAAAGGCAGUGUAUCUCUAAAUGAAUCACCACGAAGUACUGCAAAGCGUUUACAUCUCAAAAAGCGCUUGUUUGGUGAAUUAUACAUUGAAUUGUUCAUUUUUAAGUCCUGAAACCUG